AGACGGCAGAGUUGAGCGGAAACUUUUACAACAAUGGGUUGCUCGCGAAACUUUCCUCGAGUUGGCCUAGGUGACGCAUACUAUGUGGAUUUCUGGUUGGCUGUACUCGCCGAGUACUUGGCAACUUUCUUUUUCAUGUUUGCAGUUUCGGGUUCCUCACUGAGAUGGGAAGGCGCGCCUACAAUUUUUCAACAAGCUCUUGCCGCUGGGUUUGUCACAGCUUCAAUGAUUCAGGCUUUCAGAUCUGUGAGUUUGCCACUUGUCCAUGCAAAUCCAGUUGUGUCACUUGCUGCUUUCAUAACCGGAGAUGCUGGUUUCAUACAAAUGAUUUGCUCAGUUGUGGCGCAGGUUUUCGGAGCCAUAACCGGCACUGGUGUUGUGAUGGCAAUAAGCCCUCAACACGCCCGAGGCAAACUUGGGGCGACUAUACCGGCAAAAGAAGUGAGUGGUUUCCAGGCCUUCGGCGUUGAGUUGGUUCUGACGUCACUACUGGUACUGACUAUGCUGGCUUCUAUUGAUGCCAAUAAACAAGCAGCUCGCAGGGAUUAUGGGACUGCUGCCGCCAUGGGCGUGGUCGUCACGGGCUGUUAUCUCAUUGCGCUACCGCUGACCGGUUGUGGAUUAAAUCCCGUAAGAUCCUUGGCUCCUGCUGUUUUCACAAACUCUUGGGAACACCAUUGGGUUUACUGGGUAGGACCAAUCUUAGGCUCUCUGUUGGCAACGUUUCUCCAUUGUCUCUUGUUUAGGAGACGCGAAUAUAAGCGACAACCGCCAACUCCUCAGAAUGAAAACGAGUACGACGAUAUUUUAUCAUCUUAAACUGUAAAAAUUUUUUUGAUCAUCCAACUCCUACGUAGCACACCUAUUUCGGAGUCCUAUAAAUAACCGCAAACUUAUUUUUGUUCUUGAUGAGACUAUAUUGGCAGUAUAUAUCUUGCGUCUUAUAACAUAAAGUUGAUAACCUACAUAUCCUGGUUCGUUAAAUGUUACGCUUUUAAUUUUCAGAAUAUCAAACCGGAGCGACUGGCCAUUUUUUCAAAAUUAUUCGCGCAUAACAAUAGUUCUUUUAUGAUAUUGAAAUACCUACUGAUCGAAUUUAUUUGCUCUUAAUCUCUUUCUUUCGAAGAUCAAGCUAAGAGACUGCUUACCAAAUAUGGGCCUAAAUUAACUCAUUCCAAACAGAAUCCGUUUAAAGCUAUUUUUUUCGACAAGGGAUAUAUAAUUUUGUUCUUCGGGAAUGAUUAAUGUGAUCUGUUUUUCGCGUUUUGCUUAAAUGCUUCGAUAGAGAAUGAAUAAGUACCGGAUGUGGUGUUCACGUGUAUAAACCUGGUUCUAGGAUUGGUUAAUUCUGAGCGCGGGUGUGAGAAAGUAGACAUACAUAGGUACCAGAAGAAGUGAAGAAGGUACCAGCCUGUCAGCUUCGUUCUCUCCAUGAUGUAUCAUUCGCUUGCAUUUUUUAAUAAAUUUUAUCUACUAAAGUGAAAA